AAAUCCAGGGGAAUCAGUGAUUAAAAUCAGCUUGAAUUUGUUGGAAAAUACAGAGUUUGAACUUGAAUCUUGUCUCAAACUCUGCAGAUAUCAACUUUGCAUCCUUAUAGUGAACCAACCAGCAGUCAUACAGGCAUUUACACUGACUGGAUUAGUGGUUGGUUAAUACAGAUGUUAAGAGUAGAAACUAAUGUUUCACCUCAGCUACAGAAGUUGUUCAAGUAAGUGAGGUUAUGCUCUUUUUUUGCCAAGUCAGAUGAUGUGGUUGUAUUAUACAGUUACUGUGGACCUUAAAGUUGUGUAGUUACUCUUCUCUGCAGGGGCAUCAGAUGAAAAAAAACUAAAACAUAUUAAAUAGACUAUUAUACUAGAUUAAUCCAGGAUAUAGACUGAAAUAAACAGACCAUUGGUAUCUCUCUUAUACACAAACAUUGUGAUAUAUGUCAAGGAUUUUACUUUUUACUUUUUUUUUUUUUUUUUUACUUUUUCACUUUUGUACAGCACUUUCCAAUAAACCCAUAUGUCACUAUAACCAGUAAAACCCACUACAGCCUGAAAUAAGAUCAACUAAAGUAACUUUUCAACAACAUUUAGCCAGGCAUAGAUGUCCUCCUCUGCUGGGCUGUACUAACAUCAGCUGCUCUGACAAUAAAUUUCAAAACCCACGAGCCUCAACUCAUCCUUCUGAUCCAUAUAAAGCCAUACCUUCCGUAUAUAAGCAUAUUUUUCCUAAAGAAACAUACAUGAUUUAAUCUGUUGCUUUACUGUUUCCACUCUCAGUCAAACUGCGUUCAGUCACAGCACAUAAAUCAGCCAGUACAUUCACUUUUAAAAUGUCCACCUCCAAGACUCCUACAUUACCCACCGCAGUCAGCCAUAACAGAAACAAGUGGGACUGUAAAUAACAAUUAUGUUCAUAAUUGAUUUAUCUGCAGAUUAUUUUUUUCAAUUGAUCACCUGCUCUAUAAAACAUCAGGAGACAAUUAACAUAAUAAAAUGUCUUGUUUUGUCUGACUGAGUGUCCAAAACCCAAAGAUACUCAAUGUAAAAGAAAAGCAGCAAAAUCUCACUUUCAAGAAUCAUAUUAAAAUUAUUUAUCAAUUUUCAAAAUAAAUGCUGAUUAAUUUUCUGUCAAUCAGUGAUUUAAUCUAACUGCCAAUAAUGUUAAAGACCAACAACACAUCUACGUAGCCAACGGCUGAUGACGAAUGACACUGUAGCCAACAAAAAAAUGAAGUGAUAACAGUUCAACAUCAAAUGAUGUUUCGUGGGCAGUAAAGGGAUGUUUCCAAAGAUAAGAUCAGGUAUGAUCAGUUGGUUUGGGUUUAUAUUAUUUAUUAGAAAAGUUGCUAAAAAAAUUCUCCCCAGGCAAAUGCAACCAGAGGCAAAGAAAGAGCGAAAAGAGAAAGACAACAACAGAAACACAAGAAGAGAGAAAUGAGGAGGUUAGUGAACUAAUCCAGUGAAAAGCUACAAAGGCAGCAUGCAGAGAAAAAAAAAAGAUGUGAUUUGCUAAAGAAGACAAAGAGAGGAAAAGGAGCGUGAGUGAUUUUUGAGAAGCUGAGAACCAACAAGUCAGCCAAAGGCGCAAACCACAACACACAACUAAAAUGACCAAACAACACUAAAACCUGCAACUACCAAACAAGAACUGAAGCAACAAACAAAAAUCCAAAUCUAACAUGGACAUACAGGUCUGUCUGUUUAAAGGGUUAGUUCACUCAAACCACAACAAAAUGAGCAUUACUAUUGAGUUCACAAACUUAAACACAUAGCCUCCAGUUCAAACUGUUUACAGUGAGGACUGAAUAGUGAGGACAUGGGUUUCUGGGGUAAGAUGCUUGUUAAUAUAUGGAGUAAGGAUUAAAAAUAAGAACAUUAAAUUUACCUUUAUUUUUCAUUAUUUCAUUGGCAUGUAAUUCACAAAAGAUAAUUUCUUGCUCAUGUUUUCACUGGUUGAUGUUUUUAUUGUUAGAUUUAGUGGAACCUCUGUUGUUUUGCAUUUAAAAUGGACCACAUCUCAUUUGUCAAUGUGUGGCUGCAUUACAGUGGUAUUAGUUUAUCUGUUUGUCUUUGGGGUUGUUUGUUUGGUUUGGUGCAUUAAAGUGCUUUUUGUAUACAUCUGUAUAUAUUCAUAGAAGAGUUAAAUCUAAUCCAUAUCAUUGCCAUAGCAACUGAUCAGAACUCUAAAAAAGAAUCAGUCUUUAAUGUGAUUAUGAUGAUGAUUCUAGAUGAUCUCUGUAUGUUGGAACAUUCUAGAACUAUCUUCUCUGAACCCCCAAAGAAGUUAAGUUUCUCUCACUUAGUGUCUACGUUCAGUACUGACAAGUCUUCAACAGCCACUGUUUGAAUACCGCCAACAACUGACCUACACCUGUACAACACCACCCACGACGACUACGCAACAAUCUUCUUUUCCAUCAGCCGAUAUGGAAAGACGAUAUAACUUGAGACCAAGGGUAUCUGGGAGAGUGCAGACCAGCAGCACUAUCCAGUUAUCCAGCUACAGUCAUAAUGUGCCUUCAGCAGGAACGCCUCCCAGCUCAGACACCCGCUGCCUGAGGCAAGCCCUCCUCUCAGCUGAGGAGCACAACAUGGAGCUGGCCAUUGAAAACGCUGCUCUGAAGCAGCAGCUUAGCAGCCGCACGGACCAGACGCUGCAAAAAGAGCUCCAUGCAGCCAAAUUAGAGCUGCAGACGGCUCUAGAGGCUGCGAAAGAGACCCAGGAUCUUCUCAAGAAGAAGGAGGGGUUGAUCCUGGAGAACCACAGGGAGCUCUCAUCACUCCGAGAGACCCUUAAAGAUCAGACCGAGGAGCUUCACCUCAGUUCAACUCAGCUCUGCCUCAAGAACAAACAACUAAAUGAGGCCUUGACAAGGUGCAGCAGUCUGGAGGAGAAGCUGAGGGAGGAGUUUGUCGAGAGAGAGAAGAAGGAGAUGAAACUGUCUUCCCUCCAAGAGAGCCUCAUCACCCAGAAGGAGGAGACAGACCUCUGGGUGAACAAAUACAAGGAGGUAAAGACAGCCCUAGAGGAGGAGACCCAGCGCAGCGCUGACCUUCAGUGUCAGGGGCAGCUGACCCUGAAAGAGAUCAGCUCCAUCAGGGGUGAGAUCCAAGCUCGCACUGAGGAGAAUCAGAUCCUCUCAACGACGCUGGGCCUCAGAGAGAACGAGCUGAACCAGAGCAUCAGCAGGUACGACGCCCUGGAAGAGCAGCACAACAAGGAGCUUCUCCUGAGACAGAGCCUGGAGAGGGAACUGUCUUCCCUUAGACAGAGCCUCAUCACCCAGAGAGAGGAGACAGACCUCUGGGUGAACAAAUACAAGGAGGUAAAGACCGCCCUAGAGGAGGAGACCCAGCGCAGUGCUGACCUGGAGCAGUGUCACAGGGAGCUGAUGCUGGAAGUGAAAACUCGCACUGAGGAGAACCAGGUCCUUUCAUCCACCCUGACCCUCAGGAGAGAAGAACUGAGGGGGACCAUCAGGAAGCACCAUGCUCUGGAAGAAGACUGCAAGAAGCAGCUUGUGGAGAGGCAGCAGAGCUGGGAGAGGAGGCUGCAGGAGGUGCAGAGGUUGUGGGCUGAGAAGGAGGAUGCCCUGGCAAAGCAGGUCUGCAAAGCAGAGGAGGAGGUCAAGUCCCUGAUUAUACAAAACAUCCAGCUACAGGUGUGCUGCUGCCUCACCUUUCAGAUGUUUCUUUGGCUCUUUGGAUUAGAGUAGCUUGUUUCAGAAUUAGUCUUUCAACGUUAAAUAUACUGUCUGUUUCUUUCCAGGAACUUGCACUAAGAAGAAGAAGAAGAAGACAAGAGGUUCCUGGAGGAAGAGGAGCAAGAAGAGCAGCAGCUUGGAGGAGGAGGCUCCAGACUCUUCAGCUCAAGAUGAAGACGCUGAUAAGAUGGAGAAGAAAGAAAAGAAGGAGAGAAAGCGUGGCUUCUGGAGAAGAAAGAAGUCAAAAUGCAGCAGCAAGGAAGAAGAGCCUCACACUGAGGAUGGACAAGAAGAGGAGGUGCAGGAGAAAAGAGGGUUCUGGAGGUGGACCAGCAGAAAGAGGAGGAGUAACAGGGGAGAUGGAGAGACCUGCUGCAGACAAACAGCAGUGAUCUCUCCAUCCUCCAUCCACCACCCCCCCACCCCCACCUUCCUCUUCCAUCCCUCCCCCUUCCUUCCUCCCUCCCUCUACACCUCUCCUUCUCUCAUCCUCCUACUCCCCACCCUUUCUCUCUCUCCACGACCCACCCUCUCUUUUUCCCCCAUUCCUCUCCUCUCUCUCUCCCUACCCCCUCUAUCCCUCUCUCUCACCCCGACCGGUCGAGGCAGACGACCGCCCACCAUGAGUCAGGUUCUGUUCAAGGUUUCUUCCUGUUAAAAGGGAGUUUUUCCUUGCCGCUGUUGCCACUGGCUUGCUCAUGGGGGAACUGUUGGGUCUCUCCAAACAACACUGACUACAGUCUAGACCUGCUCUGAUCCAAUACUUGAUUUGACUGAUUAAUACUUUGCCUUUAAAUAAAUGAAUAAAAUUGGCUCUAACUCCAUCUUCA